CACAACUCUGUCUCACACAUCACUUCUCACCACUUGUAUUAUUGAGUUUUUGUCCAUUUUAUGCACUCAUUUUAGUAAACCAUUUUUCCCUAUCCCCAAAUUACAGUUUCUCUUACUUUCUUCUUUCAGUUUCCCAAUAAAUUCAUUUUCUGAAUAUACAGAAUCAAGAUAGUAUAAUCUAAACAUGGGAAAUGAGCCAACAUUUUGUGGAACAAAUGGUUCUCAAGAAGGUUCAAACUAUGAUGAAAUCUUCAUGCAGCAUAGCUUGCAAUUCUCUGAUAGUUUAAAGGACUUGAAGAAUUUAAGGAAACAGUUGUACUCAGCUGCUGAAUACUUUGAAUCUUCUUAUGGGGAAAAUGAACACAAAACAUUAGUGAUGGAGACUUUGAAAGAUUAUGUGAGUAAGGCUCUAGUUAGUAGUGUGGACCAUUUGGGCUCUGUGGCUUGUAAAUUAAACACCUUCUUGGAUGAAAAAGUUGAUGAAUUUUCAACAACCAGACUUCGAUUCUCAUGCAUGGAACAGAAGUUGCAAACAUGCCAAGAAAUUAUUGAUCGAAGUGGUCUUUUGCAACAAUCUUUGAUAAUUCUGACGCCAAAGCAACAUAAGCGCUAUGUGAAUUCAGCUGCAGAGACACAACCUGCAGUUUCAAAACCAAGACAAAGAAAUAAGGAACACAAUUUGUGUCCUCAAGAGGACUUGCAGCUACCUAAGAAUGGUGAUUGUUUUCCUCAUCCUUUUCAAGCUCUACCACCAAAGCAUCAUCCAACUAAACCAAAGUACAUGAAAAAGCAUUCCAAGAUUUCAUGGACAGAUGCUUCUCCAAAUCCUCUUAACUUCUCAUUUACAAGAGUUGCAUCCACCAAUGAAGUUGGGAAAAGAUCAGUUUCACCACUUAAAUUUGGUCUCAAGCGUUCUGGAUCAGUCAAUAGAUCAGUUUCUCCUCUCAUGCGUUUUGGAUCCGCUAUAAGCAGAUCAAUUUCUCCCAGCACUUCCAAUGUUAAACAGAGGUGUCCAUCUGAGCCACGGAGGGCAAUUUCAAUGUCCAUAAAUCCAGAAAGAAACAGUGCAAAGGAUAUGCAAGAAUACGCCAGAAAGAGUAAAAAUUUACUUACAGCAUUCCUCGGCCGUCAUGGUCAUGGUCAGGGAUCAAGAAAGGCAGGUAUACCUUCCAAAUACCACGACGAUAGAUGAUGAAACCAGUAAAUGGUGAUAUCAUUAAGUUUUUCCAAGCUAAAGGCUGUGAUGAUAUUGACUACGUAGAAAAAGUAGGACAUGUUACAAGUUGGGAACCUGGCUACAAAAAUGCAGGCAGAAGAAAGUUCAAAAACUCUGUAAAAUGUAAACUACUAUAUGUCAUUUGCAGGGUAAUGCCAGUUCCCUUUCAGAAAUGAAAUUUAAAUAUAUCUGAAUAAGAGCAAUGUUAUCGAAAGUUCAUUGCUUUUCAUCUUUUCACCA